AUGGCGGUCAGCGCUGUUGGUGCAACAAGACGAGCACUGCUAGCUGGCAUUGAGCAGCAGCUUCCAAAAGGCCUCGCAAGAAGCUACAGUAGCGUCGAAACAUGGUUCAGCAUUCAUGUACCAAAGGCAAACAGAAGCAGCAACCGACGUCAAGGAUUAAACAGCAAGCAGCGAUCUGUGCGACCCAAUCAUAUGACCAACAAGCAGCGUUCUUCACAGACAGCCAGCACAUCCUUUGGCCAGCCACGUGCGAGACGGGUGAUUGCGCUGCGACGACCAGAAGUGCAACAGGCUUCAACAUCAAACGCAUCCGAUGGACCGCUCCAUGACUUACAGAAGGCCAUCGACGGUCAAGAUCUCGCUUCGAUAUGGUCUGCUUGGCAAGAACUCGGUGAACACAUCCGCAGUCUUGGAAUAGACGAGCAUUCCAAACUUCUUGGUUUGUGCACCUCAUACGCCGCUGGGAUGAGUGAUAGGGAUCAAGCCAAGCAAUCGUGCCUACGCUUUGGCGAAAUCGCAGAAGCAGCGUCGUUCACUGGGGAUGGCGACCUGAUCUGUGGCUGGUUUCGCGUGCUCUUAGCAAAUGGACAAGCCGAUGAUGUCAUCCGAAUCUGGGAACAACUUGUCGGCUUACGACUGGCAAAUGGGCCCAUUCCCAGCAAGUUGCAUCGUGCCUCGGAAGCAGAAGAAGCUCAGGAGAGCAACAGCGAGAGAUUCAUCCGUAUCGACGAAUCAGCACAAGGCGAAAGGAUCGACCUUCACGACUUGGUAUGUCUUGUUGCCUUUGCCUGCACUAAAUCUUGCCGUGCAAUGGAUUUUGUCAACCUGUUCGACAGGAUCGAGUUUGGCUCUCCUUUCCGACUCUUCUUCAACAUGACCCGGGCCAAGCGCCUGUUUGAAUCGAUGCGCAUAUGCAAAGGGCCAUCGUCGGACUUGGUUUGCAACACAGAUUGGAGCCUCGUCCAGUCCAUGCUUUGGAGCAUCGAGCUAGGCCGAGGACUAUCUUCGGGCUCAGGUGGUCCGCAACGCAUAGCCAGGCUCCUGGGCUCUCUCUUUUCGAUGGGACAAGUGGAUGAAGCCGAGUCUAUCUUGCAAACUGCGAUGAGCGCUGUCUCACAACCUCGUGCAUGGCUUAGUGUGGAGAGGUGGCAUAGCAGCUGUACAGCUUCAGCAGGCAAGAGAGUGCAGUGGACAGAAAGUUGUUGGUCAGUUUGUCUUUCGGAAUUCAUUGCAUGCGGACGUAUGGAUGUAGCGAUGCAAGUAUGGUGCAAAUAUCACGAGUUACGACUGCAUCCAUCGGCGAGAGUCUGGAAUGCUUUGUUGAACGGGUACGGAAGAGCGAAAAACUAUACUGCAGCGUUACAAACUUGGUCUGCUGCCAUCAAGCAAGCCUGCACUGAGGAAGAGGCCGGGUUGAGAGCUUGUAAGCUACCGGACGAAAUCAUGUACACGACCAUGAUCGACAACCUUUUCCGCGCCAAGAAGAUGGAUGAAGCCAUGUCGCUUUUCUCCGAGAUGAUUGCUAAAAGUGAUCGUAAUGGAGGAAAGCUAGAGGUACGCACCGAGACUUUUAAUGCUGUUGUCUUUGGUCUCUUUAUCAAUGGCAAACAUCAUCAGGCUCGAGCUGUAUUGGAUGAGAUGUUGACUAAAGGUCCAGCACCGAGCAUUGGGACGAUCAAUAUUUUCCUACGAGCUUAUGCAAGGAUUGCAGAUUUGCAGUUGUUGGCCGAGACAUUGCGACUUGCUGAUAAGCUCAAGCUUAGGCCUGAUGUUGUUACCUUUACCACCAUCCUCGAUGCUUUGUUGAGGAGUGGUGGAGAAUCUGCGAGGGAUGCCGUUUCCAAAACGCUUGGUAUGAUGACUAGUAUGCGAGUUCAACCGAACGUGAUUACCUACACAUCCAUGAUCAAAGCCUGUCUGGUGGGUGCUGAAGCGGCACAGUUGGACAUGGCCUCACAGAGCAUGCUUGGUGAUUCUAGAAGUCCAACUAGACGGCAAGCAGGUCAAGAGCAAGUUUCCAUCGCAGCUGCACUAGACUUGCUCGAUAGAAUGAUCCAAGCCAAGAUCGCACCCUCCGAGGAGACCUACACUGCACUUAUUGGUGGAUGCCUGCAGAAUCCGGAAGCGGUUGCACAUGCCUUCGCAAGCAAAUCGAUAGCUCGACACUACUGCGCUCCUCCCAAGCCUCUGCGCCGACUCAAGGAAUCCAAGGAAACCGUUGAUCAAUGGAUGCAACAGUCACCAGAGGUCGCACUUGCAUUGUUGCUACUCGAACACAUGAAGGCUCGCAAUCUCACUGCACCACCCAUCGCACUGCGACAUUUGAUCGAAGCACUUUGCAAUCCACGCAGGGAUCAAGCUGCAUUCAACCGAUCCAUGGAUUUGAUGGAUGAUAUUCUACUUCGAACGCAACCACCCGAGCCUUCGCGUGGGAUGGGACCAUUCGCAUCGGCCGUAUUGGAGAGCAAAGAGGUCUCAACAUCCUCCUUGCAUGCACCGAGUCACAAGACAUGGAUUGUUGUCUUGAGCUCUCUCAUUGACCGGUUGGAGAAGGGAUCGGGAGACAGGGCAGCGCGGGUUGCUUGUGGCAAGGUUUUGUCUUUGGCGAGCCGGUUGGUUCGCGAGAUGGGAUCUCUAUCGGGCGCUGAGGGUGGUUUGUCACUGUCGCGACUCUAUGAGAGAGCGGCUUCACUGGUUUCCAGAGUCGCUCGCUGA